AUGGCAGAUAUAAAAGAAAUUAUUGAUAUAUAUGCACAAAUACACCCUUUUCAUCCUGAUUAUAAACCUAUUAUAAAUAAAAUGCCAUCAAGUCUAGUCAAAAGAGCUUUUGAUCAAUUACUAAAUAUGAAGCGCAAUCCUAUCUCACUGGAAGAAAUUUCAGAAAAAAAUACCGGAAUGCAGAUAGAGAAUAGUAGUUUUUCAGAUAAAGCAAUACAAACUGAAUCAAUAUAA